GAUUACCAUAUAUGGUAAACGACUUGUUUAUCGACCGUCUAUAAAAAGAUCUGACGGACAGGUAUACAUGUACUAAAUUUCCCAGGGUAGUUAUUCGCGUUUACUGAAUCAUUUGAGUGGUGGACGUUAAAGUGUUGACUAGCAUAAAGAAUUCAAAGAUGUCAGAAUGGAUUAAAACUGAACGUGGUUGGGUAUUACGACAAUUAGAGUAUGUAGAAUAUGCAGCGAUGCAGGAACAGAAAAUUAAUGCAAAGGUAGUUCCGGCUUGUAACCGCGAGGUCAGCUGCUCGCGUAAUGUUAUGGUCAGCGGCACUAAAGGAAACCGGAAACUGUCCGUCUGUGUGUCAGAGUUUAUAGAAUAUAUGGAACUGAUGUCUGCGAUAUUUGACGUUCGCAAAAAGGAAUAUCUUAAUGAUUUAAUGGGAUUACUGAUGACAAAAGGUCUUAGUAAAGUAAGUGGCUGCGCUCAAAGGCAAAUCUUCAAAAUUCUAGAGGCCAUUGUCAAUGAAGCAAUGCAUACAGAAACGAACGUUGUCCCUGUGAAAAAGUUACUGGUUUGUACUAUGAAAUCCAUGACUGAUCAAACUGAAGAACGAAUAGGCUCGAAAUCCCUCUGGAACAGACAUAUAAAGACUGUGGCAAAUAUAAGCACGAAGAUGGACCAGUACACUGUGUCAGAGAGAGUUGAAGAUGGGCUGCCAACGCUUACAGACCUGCCUAAAGAAUGCAUUCGUGAGAUAAUGCUGAGACUUACCGACCACAAAGACAUUAUAAACCUUGGAAAGACGUGUUCCGAUUUAUAUUACAUGACUCAAGAUAGCUCUAUAUGGCAGAAACUCGUGCAGUACCAUUUCACGGAGAAACAAAUGUACACAUUCAUAGAAGAUACAGAAUACAUUGACACCAGUGCAUCAGUUUGGCAACAAUUACAUGCCAAAUGCUCAAAAAAAUAUGGUUUAAAGAAGAAAUACACAGACCAGUUGGUUAUCUGCUCGGCGUGUAAAACUUUGCAUUGGAUGAUGAAUUCUCAUAUUUGCUGGAGCUCAGAUCAAGAUGUAGAGGGCGUUUAUUUGGAGCCAAUCAGUCCUAAAGAAAUCUUCUCCAUAUUUUUUGGUACCCCACGUUCUUGGGGUGAAAUUUAUCAAUAAAGUUUUUACUGGGGGUGUGUGUGCACAAACUAUCAAAGAACAUACUGAAUGUUGUAAAUAGAGACAAUAAUGUGACUAUCACGAGCUACAUAGACACAGUCCCUGUUUUAAUCCUAACACUGGUAAAACCUUGACCCUCUCACGUCUAGUUUUGUUAAGUAGGUUAAGCUUUCCAAAUACAGUAAAUGUAGAUAUUCUGGAGUGUAUUUUGGAGCGGAAGAGUCGGACGUAGGCGAAGAAGAAAUAUGAAGUAUACCAGUCUUUGUGCAAUAGUGCCACUGCAUACUUUUAUCAGUAGAUUUUUUUUAUCUAAAAGUAUGAACGUCAAAUGUUACAUGCACCAUGCUUAUUGAAUUGAUUGUUUAAUAUACAAAACACAAUAUUGUUCACAUUCACUGCAUACUUUUACUGUUAUUUAAGUUCAUCUUGUACAAAAAGAUAGGGCAAGUUUACAUGAACAUGUAAUUUAUUUCUUUUAAUGCUUCUGUUGUUGUUGUCAUUAUUGUUGUUGUUCAUAUAUAAGUCACACU